AUGAAGCAGUUGACCAACACCCCAUCCCUCUCCAAUCGAAUCAUCUCUAUCAUUUCAACAUUUAAUAGCAAGUCAAAGACAACAUCGACAGCGCAGCUUGACGAGACUGAAUUAAAAUCGGUUUGGUCAGCAUUGACAUGUCUCCAAUUUUUACCCAUCGUCGAUCAAGAUGCCAUCAUCUCAUCACUCGAUCAAUUAUAUAAUAUUUUACAAAAGCAUCAACAAGACGGAACAGUCAUUUACACCUAUUUGCUUUCACAAACCAUUAUCACUACUUCCAUUUUAUUAUCAAGAUUUGAAAACAUCAACAAAAUGAAGGCAUCAAUCUCCAAGUACUUGGAUUUGGUCCGUAACAAUCCAACCAACUAUUAUAUCCUCACAUCUGUUUCUUGCUUUUUCGAAACAUACGUCACAUUAUUAAAUACAAUCAAGCACCCAAUUGUUAAGGAUGAUUCAAUGACCAACAACAAAAAGUCGAAAAAGGGUACUACCACUGCCAACAAACCAGCAGCUGUCAAGAUAGAUUCUACCUAUUACAUUGCCAAUGAUACAUUCAAGAAUGAUAUUUUACCACUUUUCAAAGAGAAUUUAUCCAACAAGUCAACAUACAUUAGACGUUCAACACUCAGUUUACUUGCAUUUAUCAAUCAAUUGACUGUUGGAUUCAAUGCUACAAAGCCAACUGAACAACAAAUGGCUCAAAAGAACUCGGUCGAUCCAACCGCCGAGUAUCGAUUGAUGGAAAAGGUUUUUGACAAUUGUCUCGAUGUUGAAAACACCAAAUACCACACCAUCGAAGGUCGUACCGUCAUGCGUCGUAUCGACAAUGUUAUGGCCGUCUACAAUAGUGAAAAGGUUGUCUAUCUCAACCAACACAUCUACCACUAUCUUUUGGGUACUCUAUACAUUCGUUAUACCCUUCUUUGGACUGGUGUUCAAAAGUUCCUAACAGAGAUUUGUAAAAAGGAUCUAUCAAUCAUUUUCCCAAUCAUCUUAAAUUUAAUUAAAUUAAAUAAUAAUGAUAUUGAUACAUUUAUUGCAAAAAAGAGACAAGAAAGUUUAAUUGCAGAAUGUGGUGGUGCAACAGAAGAAGAAAAUAUAGUGGAAUUGGAAGAAAUUGAAAAAGAUGGUGAAGAUGAACAAGAUGAACAAGAGGAAGAAGAAGAAGAUAAAAAGGUUAUAGUUGAAGAAGAAGAAGAUCAAAGAAAUGAUGUAAAGAUGGUUGAAGAGGAAUCAAGCAAACAAUACUUUACCGUUCAAUCAAUCUAUCAAUUAUUCUUUGAUUUUAAUGAUUUUUCAAAUACUGAGUCAUCGACUUUGGCCGAUGGCAGUUUCCAACCACAACAACAACAACAAAAGGGCAAGAGACGUCACACCGCUGUUGGUAUGAAUAUCAUUUACUAUCAUACCGAACCAAUCUCAAUGGCCGAGACAUUGAUCAAGUUUGUUUCACAAAAUGGCAAGCUUUUUGAGGACUAUGUCAGCGACAUUACCACAUUGUUCUUGAGUUUCCUCGUCUACGACUACAACCAACGUCACACCCAUGUCUUUACAUCGAUGAUUGACACUAUGAUCAAUCAACCAAGACUCCUCGGUGACUCAAUCGACAGAGAUGCUCCACCACGUACCUACAGUGCCAUCAUUGCCAGAAAUCUGAUGGUUGCCUACCUCGAAUUCUUUGCUCAGCAAUCACCCGACAAGAUUGUCCAUCCCGAACUCAUGCUAGAGAUUUUCAUGACUUGUCUCGAUGUCGACGAUGAAAAGGUGCAAUCUCAGUCCAUUCAAUGUAUUGUGAUUUGGCAACAAAAGGAAAUCCUCCCUUACAAAAAGACAUUGGAGCGUUUGGUUAGAGACGCUACCAUGCGUGAGGAAAUGACCACCUUUAUCGUGUCACAGGCAUCCCCACACGUCUCGGUCGAUUCCGAUCAUCGUGCCAUCAUCCUCCAACUCAUCACUCGUAUUCUCUUGUCAAAGAUCUACCGUAAGGGUACUAAUCGUCGUCAACUAGAGUCACAACGUAACUUUAUCCUUACUUAUUUGGCCGGUUUCACAAGUCAAGAAAUUAAACCAGUCAUUGACAGAAUUGUUUUCCAAUUUACCAAUUUAUCAAUCUUCCAAGAUGGUGAAGGAAAGGAGGAUCAAAAUAUGAAUAGUAUGACCGAAAUUAUUCAAGGUGACGUAAACAAGUUACCAUCACUUGAUCAUCAAGUUAGUUUCCUUAAUAUUGCUCAACCAAUGAUUCGUCAAUUGGGUGGUAUUUUGGAACCAUACAUGGGCACCAUUCUACACAUUCUCACUACUAUCUCUGUGUCUAUCUGCUCGAGCAAGUCAUUUGGUAAUGAUAGAGACCACUACAAGUGGAAAAAGGGUGCUGCUACAGUCGGAGAGGUUCGUUCGUUGGUAUUCAGACGUGUCGCUCUGCUUCUCGAAAGACUACCCAAGUUUGUCACCAAUGUUGUCAUUGAUGGCCAGUCAUCGUCCAACGAGCAAUACUUGGAUGUCAUUGUUGACAUUAUCGCCAGAAUCAUUCCAGAGGUUGGCCAUCAAGGUCUCUCUGAGGGUAUGAAGCAGUGUAUCAUGGCAAUCAGCAGAUCCGCCAACAUUGUCGGUCAACUCGUCAGACACGAGAAUCUCUUGCCCAUGUUGUUUGGCUUCCUUCCAGUCAGCUCUGCUCAUCACGAUGAUAUCCUCACCAUCAUGGAAAAUCUACUCGUACUUGCCGUCGAUGAAGAAUCCACCGCUGAAGAUAGAGAGUUAUUCAAAAAGGUUGUCGUUCCCAAUGUCAAUGCCAUCAUUUCAUCCAUCUCACUCAUCUUGGACGAUUCCAAGCAAAAGGAGAAAUUGGCAGAAGAAAAACGUAUCAAAGAUCUUAGACAAAGAGAAUCUGAAAAGAAAAAGAAUCAACCAAAACCUCAACAAGACCAAGAAAUGAAGGUUGAUCAAGUAGUUGAAGAAAAAGAAGAGGAAAAGAAGGAAGUUGAAGGCCAACAAGAAGAUAGUGAUGAUGAAAGUGAUGAAGAAGAAGAAGAUGAGGAAGAAGAGGAAGAAGAAAAGAAAGAAUCAAUGGAUAUUGAAAAGACAACUACUCCUACAACUACUGCAGUAAUCCCAUCAAAACCAAAGAAAAAGAAACCAACCAAAUUAAAGAAUUUAUCCAAGAGAAAGGUUGUGAUUUUGGUUGAAGUCAGUAAAUAUAGUUUGGACAAGGAUCAAGCAUGUUUGUUGUUGGAAAUUAUGUUACAUUUCUGCAAGAGUUACAAACCAUUUGGAGGAAAGGGUAUUCGUAUUGAAAACUUUAACUUUGUAAAGUAUCAAGAAGAAAUAUUGUCUGUUUCCAUCUUGACCAUUGUUUCCAAUUUGAUGCAACAAAUUGAUGAUAGUCAAGUACAAGAACAUGUGUCGUCACUGUCGGUCCUCUACUAUGUCUUCCAGUCAAAACAAACUCGUACAUUGUUGACCGAUGUAUUUGUACAUCUUGGAAAGCGUGUCCCCUAUCUCGAACCGAUCCUCCCCAUCCUCGUGGAUUUGAACAGCUAUGCUGUACGUACCGCCAACGACACCUACGACUUUAAAAAGAUGUUUGCCGCUUUUGAAAAGCUCAAUAAUGCCGACAGCAUCUUGGAAUUCAACGAUCAACAAAUUCUCCCAUUGUUCUACAACAUCUUGUAUUUUGUCAAUGAUUCAGAUUACUCUGUUCGUGCAUGUGCCGUUCAAUCUGCUAAUAUCCUCAUUGACCAUCUCAAAGAAGACGAUAACACUGUCGAUAGGAAGAAUCAUUUACUCUCCAAUGACACAUUGAUCAAAUUACUUCAAGACGCUUUGAUUCCAUGUGUACGUCAAGCAUGUCGUGUAUCAAAGUGUACUGCCAGAGAAGAGUUGUUGGCCUUGUUUAGUCGUUUGCUCGUCGUCACCAAAUGCGAGUUGUUCUUUGAAGAUUUGAAGCCACUUGUUGGAGAGACACAGGAAACCAACUUCUUCCUCUCGUACAAUGACAUCAAGAAGGGUAGACGUGGAGCAUCGUUUGACAUGCUCAUCAACGUGUUGAAUACCGGCCACAAGCUGUCAUCCAACACAUCGUUCCAGAUCUUUGUGCCGUUGUUUACCACGAUGAUGGUCGACGAAUCGGACAACCGUGACCACACUGACAAUGACAUGAUGGGUAAGGCUACCCGUGCGCUCGCUACCAUUGCCAAGCAGAUGGAGUGGAGCGACUACUACAAGCUGGCCGACCUGCUUCUCAAGACGAUGGACAAGAACGAAGGUGCCAUGAAGUUCCUCUUGCGUUCCGUGUGCGGUGUGCUCGACGCCUUCCACUUUUACAUUGACAAUGACGAUAUUGGCGGCGACCGUGUAGCUGCCAUCAAAAAGGGUACCAUUGGCGAAGACAAGCUCAUCAACCAGGGUGGCAAGCUCGGCAAGGUUGUGUUCCUCCAUCCAUCCAAGCAGGCCAAGUUGACCAAGGAAGACCUAGCCAAACAACGCAAGGAAGAGCAGCAAAAGCGUCAACUCAACGCCAAGAAGCGUACCUUGUCGCAAGAGAUCCACGACACGAUCGUGCACAGUCUCAUGCCCCGUCUCGACAAGUAUCUCAAGAUCAAGCGUCGUGUCGACAAGUACGACCGAUUCUCUGACGUUGAGGCCGUCGUCAACUUGCCCGUUGCACUCGCCGUAUUUAAGUUGAUCGAGUUGUUGCCAAGAAAGAGUUCUGGAUUGUUGCGUGCCCGUCUUUUGGCCAAGGUGUGUGCCGAGCUCAAGAGCAAGACCCAAAUGGUACGUGACGUGUGUCGUGAGACACUAUGCACUGUGCUCGAGGUCAUUGGCGCCAAGAUGUUCCCAGAAGUUGUCAAAGAGAUGCUUGUCCACUUGCACAGCGGUUACCAAAAGCAUAUCCUUAUCUUUACCCUCUACACACUGCUCAAUCACCUCAAAGAGACUAUCAAGGCCGAGUGUGGAUGCAUUGACAAUUCUGUAAAGUCUAUUGUCACUGCCACCGUAGACUAUAUCUUUUUCGAUAUUACUAUGCCCGACGAUGUCUCUGCACACAAGGAACUCUACUCUGAAGCCAAGGCACCACACGUAUCUGACGUUAUGACACUCGUCGCCGAGUACACUACCUUUGCACAGGUCCAACAACGUAUCAUCGACCCUCUCGAAGGUAUCAUUCUCCAGACACCAUCCAAACGUCUCUUGCCAAAGAUUGGCAUGCUCCUCGACGCCAUGGACGAAGGUCUCCAAGCCAACAAGAGCUCCACCGUUAAGGACACUCUCAUCCUCGCCUACAACCUCAACACCAAGGGUCUCACCAAACGUGCCGAGGACCAAAAGAAGCCCGACCGCAACCCCAACCUCAAAAAGACCUACGAGGAGACUAUGACCAUCCAAGCCAACCCACUCCACUACAAGGACAACAUGGUCAAGCAAUGGGACAGUUUCUCAUACAUCUUUGUCGAGUUGGCACUCCGUCUCUUGAAACGUGCCAUUCGUAACGAUCAGUCGCUCAAGUUGAUGGAUAUGAUCGAUCCACUCGUCCCCAUGGUUGUCCAAUCACUCUCACACAGCCAAGUCAAUAUUGUCGAUCUCUCUAUUCGUGUACUCCGUGAAAUGCUUCGUCCCAACUACCACAUUCCAUCGUUGGACAAGAGUUUCAAGUCAAUUGUCGUUAAGAUCUUGACUCGUCUCUCCAAAGACAUUUCCAACCAAAAGAUUACCAGCAGUUGUUUCAAUAUUCUCACUGCCAUCUACACCAACAGACAUAAGGGUAAUGCUAUUGGUACAAAUCAAAUCAUCUCCAUUCUUCAACUUUCAAAACAAUUAUUCGAUGAUCCAAAAGCUAAAAUUGAUGAAACUAUUGAAUUUGUUCAUAAAAUAAUUACAAGUAAAGUUCAAGUUGUAGAAAUUUAUGAUAUUAUUGAUAUAGUUUGUAAUAUAUUGGUUAGAACUACAGUUGUCAAUGAUCAAAGAGCAUUGGCAAAUAUGUUUAUCGAUUUCCUUUUAUAUUAUCCAAUGGGAGAAGACAGAUUAAAGACACACAUUACCUUUUUGAUCAAGAAUCUUGCCUAUGAGACUCCAGAAGGUCGUUUGUCAGUUCUCAAGAUGUUGCUCAAGGUAUCCGAAGCCUUCCCUCUAGAGGUUCUACACAAGUACCUCUCGAUUAUCUUUAUCCCAUUGGCCGCCAGAUUGGGUAAUGAUACCUCUGAGGAUUGUAGAUCAUUGGUCUCUCGUAUCAUCAAGACCAUUUCAGGACGUAUUGGACAAACCCAUAUCAAAAAGUUGGUCGAUGUCAUUGUCACUUGGUUCAACAAUCCCAAUGGAAAUGUUGCCAUGCACAAGUUGGCAGCUCAAGUCAUCAGUCUCAUGGCUGAAGGUGCUGGUGCAUCAUUCUCUGUACACUUUGAAGCAAUCCUUCCACUCAUGGUACAACAUCUCAGUGGUGGUUUGGCCAAAUGGAAACAAUUGUUGACUGACAAUGCCGCCUUGACCGAAGAAGAGUUGUCCAAGUCAUCAUCACUCGAUGGUUGGCAAUUGGUAUAUUUUAUCUUUGUCGCCAUGGAAAAGAUCUAUGCCGUCGAUUCUUCGUUGUACGCCAAGACUGCUGCCUCUCCACUAUGGUCCAUUGCCUUGGAGUUCCUCAACUAUCCACAUAUUUGGGUUAGAACAUGUAUCAAUCGUAUCUAUGGUGGAUACUUUACCGCUCAAAAGGUUGAAGAAUUGAUUCCACUCGUCAACUCUAUCCACUCUUCUCAACAACAAAAGAAGAAGCAACAACCCACUCCUCUACAAAAAUCAAUCACCUCUAUUGUUUUCGAUCCAACCAAUCUCUAUCAAUUGACCAAAAAGACAUGCGCACAAAUUAAUAGUCAAUUGUUGACCGAAGAAUUGGGUUUACAAUUGGUCAAGAAUCUCAUCUUUUUGUCAAUGAUAUUUACCAAGUGUACUGGUAUCAAACCAAUUCAAGUUUUGGACAAGGAAAAUGAAGAUCAUAUUGAAGGUGAUGAUUAUUCAAAUUGGGGUUUAAAUUUAAUUCAACAACAACAAGAAGUAGAAGAUGAAGAAGAAGAAGAGGAAAUAGAAGAAGAAUUCGAAGAAGUAAAAGAAACAAAUGUACAAUUAAAAUCAAAGGAAAUGAUUGAUUGGAUGUUUAGUAGAUUAUCAAAGAUUGCAUCAAAGAGAGGAGAAACUAGAAGAAAGGUUGUAUUUAGAUGGUAUGCAGUUAUGGUUACUCAAUUAAAUAUGGACAACCUCAAGGAAUACCUUGGAUUCAUCGUAUCGCCAAUCGUAAAGACCUUGGACUCCAAGGUUGAAAAUGUAUCAGACGCUGAAAAGGAGUUGGCAGAAGAGGUUUUAAUCAUGCUCAGAAAGAAGAUUGGAGCUGUCAAUGUAUCCAAAUUGUACAAGGAAAUUGAAGAAAAGAUCAUCGCCAAGAGAUUCGAAAGAAGACAAGAAGGAAAAUUACUAAAGAUCAACGAUUACGCUCAAUACAAACAAAAACAAGUAGAAAAGAAGAAAAAGACAAAGGAAAACAAAAUCAAAAAGAGAAAGGUUUUGUACGACGAUUUAAUAGAUACUAGGGAUAAAAUUAAAGUUUCUAGAAAUACUUUGGAAAGUAUGGAAACUGAUGAAUAA